AUGAAUCAAAGCCGAUUAUUACUUGGGCGACCAGCUAUGGCUGCAUUGUGGCAACGUCGAUGCUAUGCAACAAUCCAGCAACAACAACAGCAAUUACAGAAAAAGAGCCUUGUGCGUCGAAUUGUGAGUGGUGCUGCCAUGGCCACUUUGGCUACCACUGUCACUGUAGGCGUAGGCGGCACGAUCCUCUACAACACCAAUGAUCGCUUUCGUCAUGUUGGCAAUGCCUUGGAGAGAUGUGGCAUUGCAGGUGCUGUAGGUGCCAAAGUAGCCUAUGACUAUCAGCGCACCCUCUCCAAAGACUACGCAGAUGAAGCUACCUUUGAAGAAGCCAAGCGUGCCUGUCAUCAGCGAUGUGCUGAGCGAGUGUUGGUGGCUAUUCAACGCUUGGGUGGUGUCUACGUUAAAUUAGGUCAGCAUAUCUCUGUGAUGCAGUACCUGCUGCCUAAUGAAUGGUGCCAGACAAUGCGAGUGCUGCAAGAUCGUUGUGAUCCCACCUCACCUGAUGACAUUCGAGAAUUGUUUCUGUCUGAUUAUGGGUUACCAGUAGAGCAAGUGUUUGAGGAAUUCGACUACACACCGUUAGGCGUCGCUUCAUUGGCACAAGUCCACCGAGCGAGACUAUCAAAACAAAGCGUACAAUUACUGGAACAGAAUGAGCAGUGGAUCGAUAACGAGGAGGAUCGCUGGGUAGCAGUGAAAUUACAACACCCUUAUCUGGAUGAUUACUGUCAGUUGGACAUGGACACUGUCUCAUUCAUUUUCGAAAUCGUAAAGCGAGUAUUCCCUGAUUUUGGAUUUGAUUGGUUUGCAGAGGAGAUGAGAGAGUCCAUUCCAAAGGAGCUGGAUUUCGUGCAUGAAACUCAAAAUGCCAGAAGAGUAGAAGCCAAUUUUGCUGAGGAGAGGCGUAGAAACAACACCUCGCUUGUGAUUCCUCGCGUCGUUUGGGCCAAGAGACGCAUCAUGUGCAUGGAAUUUAUAAGCGGAUCCAGAGUGGAUGAUCUAGAAUACAUGAAGCAGCACAACAUUGACCCCAAGCAAGUGUCCAGCGAGUUGACCCGAGUCUUUUCAGAAAUGAUCUUUUUGCACGGAUUCGUCCAUUGUGAUCCUCACCCUGGAAAUGUCUUUAUUCGACCUGCUAAAAAUCCCAAGCAUUCAAAGCACAACUUUGAUCUCGUUCUUUUGGAUCACGGGCUCUAUCGAGAUCUGUCAGAAGACCUUCGAUCCAACUACGCUCAUCUGUGGACAUCCUUAAUUAAGGCAGACGAAGAGGGAAUCCGCAAGUACUCCUAUCGAGUGGGCGGUACUGACAUCUAUCAGUUGUUUGCCUGCAUGCUCACGGGUCGCGAGUGGGAUAAGAUCAGCAAGUCGGAUCUCAGCAGUAUCCGCGAAAGCGAUGAAGUGGGUCGAAUAUCUGAUGGAGCCAUGACCUACUUGGUGGAAGUCGCUGAUAUCCUUGGUAAGCUGCCUCGACCUGUGUUACUGCUGCUGAAAACAAAUGAUCUCCUUCGACAUGUGGAUGAGAAACUGAACAAGGUCGCAGAUGAUCGCGAUACUUAUGUUAUCAUGGGAUUUUACUGUUCAAAAGCCGUUUGGCUUGAUACCAAGAAACACAUUGUGGAAAGAAUCAAGAUGAUUGGAUUUAGUUUUGAUUUACUAAAGCAAUUAUUCAGCGCUUGGUGGCAGUAUAAAUCGUUAGCCUAUGCUCUAUGGUUAUAUCAGCUUAGCGCCAAAUGGGCAAAUCGAUUAAAUUGGAUCGCAAAGAAGCAAUCAAAAAGUAAUCAACUAGAUACGUCUAGUCAUAAUAGAAUUGCAUUAGAAAUAUAA